AUGGCGUCCGUUCCACCCUCCGGCGUCUGGUGCCCAGCCGUAACAUUCUUCAACCACUCAAACGACACCCUCGACCUCGCAUCCCAAAAAACAUACUACCAAUACCUCUCCACAACCGGCCUCGCAGGCCUAGUAAUUCUCGGCACCAACGCCGAAGCCUUCCUCCUCACCCGCGAAGAGCGCUUCGACUUGAUUUCCACCGCGCGCCAAGCCGUCGGCCCCUCGUUCCCGCUCAUGGCAGGCGUCGGCGCGCACUCCACCAAGCAAGUCCUCGAACUGGCCGCCGAUGCCGCGAAGGCCGGCGCGAACUACCUGCUUGUGCUGCCGCCGGCGUAUUUCGGCAAGGCGACGACCAACGCCGUCAUUGAGAGAUUCUACGACGAUGUGGCCGCGAGCUCGCCCUUGCCGAUUAUCAUCUAUAACUUCCCCGUUGUGUGCAAUGGGGUGGAUCUCGACUCGGAAUUCAUCACCAAGCUGGCGAAGAAACAUGCGAAUAUCGUGGGCGUCAAACUCACCUGUGCCUCUGUGGGGAAGAUCACGCGACUCGCAGCAUCGCUGCCUGCAUCUGAGUUUGCGACGUUUGGAGGACAGUCGGAUUUCCUGAUUGGGGGGUUAUCUGUUGGAUCUGCUGGAUGUAUAGCCGCGUUUGCGAACGUGUUCCCGAAAUCUCUUGCCAAGAUCUACAGCUUGUAUAAGGAAGGGAAGGUCGAUGAGGCUCUGAAGAUUCACCGCGUUGCGGCGCUGGCUGAGAGUCCGUGCAAAGCUGGCAUUGCGAGCACCAAGUACGCGGCUGCGAUACAUACUGCCAAGGCGGCGGGGAUCGAGGGCGCGGAAGAGAAGUUGCAACCGAGGACGCCGUAUAUGCCUGUUGCGGAGGCGACGAAAGGUCAAAUCAAGGAUGUUAUGGCUGAAAUGGCUGCCAUUGAGGCGUCUUUGUAG